AUGGCAGUCAUAACACCUGCACUGGGCCGGCGUUUGCCAAGGGAGCUGAUAUCCGCUGCGCCUCGCCGGUUCACGGCUCUGCCAAAACACCCAGGUUGUCGACCAGCUCAACAUUCCCGCCGCCUACACACCUUUCAGCCUCUUUAUCGAGUCACCGCCGAGUCACCUCUUCCUAUACCGAGCAAAGAGGCAAGAACAAGACAACGGUAUUCGUCCCGACGCACUGGCUCCGCCGCGGCCUCUCUCAUUGCUAGCGUUGGCCUCUUCUCGCUUUUCGCUGGUCUCUUCUCGCUUUUCGAGCCGGACACGGCCCCUCGAGACAAUCCAUCCAAUACCUCACCGGACGACCGAGAUCCUGAACUGCCUCGCUUCAGGCUGUCUGAUGUGAGGAAGCACGACGCCAAAUCAGACCGACCAUGGAUCACCUAUGAGGACAAGGUUUAUGAUAUUACCGAUUGGAUACCUGCCCACCCUGGCGGCGACGUCAUUCUUCGCGCCGCCGGCGGGAGCAUCGACGCUUAUUGGGAUAUCUUCUCCAUACACAAGUCUCCUCACGUAUACGAAAUCCUCGCCCACUACUUGAUAGGCUAUGUCGACGUGGCCGACCUCGUCGACGGCAGACCCCUCCCCGAGCAGAUCGAAGACCCCUUCAACGACGACCCCCCUCGUGACCCCAGGCUUAUCACCAUGACGGAGAAACCGCGGAAUGCCGAGACCCCGCUGGAGGAAUUGACCGAGUCCUUCAUCACACCGAAAGAGCUGUUCUAUGUACGGAAUCACAUGUGGGUCCCCAAGGUGGACGACCCCGACCGCUACACCUUGACUGUCGAACUCCUGGACGGUUCUACAAAGGAGUACACCUUGGAUGACCUCAAGACCAAGUUCAAACCCGUGAAGAUCACCGCCGCCCUUCAGUGCUCGGGCAACCGCCGCAAGGAUAUGACAACCCAUGCCCAGAAAAAGACGAACGGUCUUCAAUGGAACCUUGGUGCCAUCUCGAAUGCCGUCUGGGAAGGCGUGAGGCUGGCGGACGUCCUUGCGGAUGCUGGCUUUCCCCUCGAACAGGCCAGGGCGGGGGACACUGAAGCCCGUCACGUCCAGUUUGCGGGCGGGGAAUCAUACGCUGCGAGCAUCCCCAUCGGGCCGGCCCUCGACCACCGAGGUGACGUUCUCCUUGUGUACGCCAUGAAUGGCGCCCCCCUGCCGCCUGAUCACGGUUUCCCCCUGCGGGCCCUCGUACCAGGCCACGUCGCUGCGCGCUCCGUCAAGUGGCUCAAGCGGGUGGUUGUUUCCGACGAAGAGAGCCAGAGCCAAUGGCAGCAAAAGGACUAUAAGCUAUUCGGUCCCAACGUGACCGAUCCGGACUGGAGCCAAGCGCCUGCCAUUCAAGAGAUGCCCAUCACAAGUGCUAUCACUACGGUCAAGCUUGGCGACUGGGCCCCGCUCCUCCCUUCUGCUUCCGAGACGAAGGAACGAGAGACGGCCACAAAGACCAGCGAACCAAGGGGUCGAAGGGCUUCGAUCGGCGGUUUCGCCUACUCCGGCGGAGGGCGCGCCAUCAUUCGGGUGGACGUCAGCCUCGACAACGGCACGACGUGGGACCAGGCCGAGCUGCUCGAUGACUGCGCCGUACCGGGUCCCGGCCAGGAAAGUCCAUGCAACGGUCACAAGUCUUGGGCAUGGCGGAGAUGGCGAUACGAGGGCGUUAUCCCGCUUCACAAAAAGGAGGAAAGACGCGAAGACGGAAAGCGGUGCUCGACCCUAUUCGUCAAGGCGACCGACGAAGCCUACAAUGCGCAACCCGAGGGCUACGACGCCAUAUGGAACGUCAGAGGGAACCUGGCCAACGCCUGGCAUCGUGUGCGGGUCUGUUCCGAGUGUGAGAACAAUAAGUGA